ACACCAUCAUCUUUACCCCUCGUCCUGGACUGAGGGACGUUCAGGAGCAGCUGGUCCGAGGAUCCCAGAGAUCUGGGAUAUUUAAUGCUUUAAAUACGAGAACCUUAUACUAUAUUUGACUGGCAGCCGAUGAAAGACCCUGAAUGUGGCACAAAGAUGACAUCUGAUAUGUCAGGUUUGUGUUCUGGAGGGACUUUCUGAGAACUGGGAUCAGCCUGUUUAUGUGGAGGGGAUAAUGGCCGUCAGAGGUUGUGUUCAGUGAGCAGGAUCCGCUCGGAUGUUUCAGAAAACAUGAUAAUCUGAUCCCUGCUCUCUGACCACUGUCCUGAUCCUCUGCCCCACCCACACUGUGGCCUGGUGCGGCUGUGGAACGCAGUUUAGACAGUAACCCAAGCCUGAACAAACCCAGCAGCUAAAAAUACCAACAGUCAACAGAGCGUUGGCUGCUGUGGGCCGGAGACAGGGGGCAUGGGAGGGUCUUCACAUCAGGGUUGGCAGAGGGAUAAAGGGGGGGACAGCUGGGGAAAGAGACGGAGCUACUGCAAAAAACACUGAGAAAAUACGACUUAAAGUAAAGUUGAAUCAACUUUUUAAGGGGAAUAUCGCAGGAGAAGUGAAGACUGAUGAACACCGAGCUGUAUGAGGCCUGAAGUCAAGAAGACAGAGCUGGAAUAUCCUCCACCUUGUGUUUCUGGAAGCCUCCACUCGUUCUCCUCUCCCGUCUCCUCUGAUACGUCGCUCUCUGCCCCCGGAGAUCGAUGAACUUUGCCCCCGGCUUCAGGCCCCCCUCAGCAGGCAGAUCCGGGCCCGGUGCCGGCGGAGGAGCCACCAUGGAGAACCUGGAGAAGCAGCUGAUCUGCCCCGUCUGCCUGGAGAUGUUCUCCAAGCCCGUGGUCAUCCUGCCCUGCCAGCACAACCUCUGCCGCAAGUGCGCCAACGACAUCUUCCACUCAGCUAACCGUCUGUGGCAGAGCCGCGGCUCCUCCAGCAUCGCUGCCAGUGGCGGUCGUUUCCGCUGUCCGUCAUGUCGCCACGAGGUGGUGCUGGACCGCCACGGAGUGUUCGGCCUGCAGAGGAACGUGCUGGUGGAGAACAUCAUCGACAUCUACAGACAGCAGGAGUCCUCCAGGCUUGUAAACAUGAAGCCGGAGCAGCAGCAGCAGCUGAUGUGUGACGACCAUGAAGAGGAGAAGAUCAACAUCUACUGUCUCUCGUGUGAGACGCCGACCUGCUCCAUGUGCAAAGUGUUCGGACGACACAAGGACUGUGACGUGGCUCCGCUCAGCAGCGUCUACAUGAGACAGAAGACGGAGCUGAGCGACGGCAUCGCCAUCUUGGUCGCCAGUAACGACAACAUCCAGGCGGCCAUCUCUCAGCUAGAGGAAAUAUGCCGCACUGUGGAGGAGAGCGGCAGGCGGCAGAGAGAGCAGCUCGCCGCCCACUUCGACGGCCUGGUGUCCGUCCUGGAGGAGCGGAAGCAGGAGCUGGUCGGUCACAUCUCCAGAGAACAGGACGACAAACUGAGACACCUGCGAUGCCUCAUCCGUCGGCACGGCGACCACCAGGAGGCCGCGGUCACGCUGGUGGAGUCGGCCAUUCACUCCAUGGACGAGCCGCACAUGCCUCUGUUCAUACAGAGCGCCACAGUCCUUCUGGAGACAAUGGCGGUGACGGCGAGGGCCUCGAACAUGGAGCGUCCGGAGCUCGGCUACGAGAGCAUGAGCCACUUCUUCAUCGACACUGACGACCUGACGGACAUGUUACAGAACAUGGACUUCUGCUCUGGUGUGGGAGAUGAAGAGGACUCUGAAGACGUGGGAGAAGAGUCAGAACUUGACUUUGGCUGCAGAUACUGAGAGGUCCCUGCUGCCGCGGUGCCGAGGAAACCAGACGGAGAUGGAGGUUCAUCACAAUCCUCCAGGAAAUGAAUCCACACAACAUCAAUCCAUCAGUCAGAUUCUAUUUGUGUAGAAGUCAUAUUCACAGUCACAAUUUGGGUGAUUAAACUUUAAGUAUAAGUAUAAAUGAGGAGGUAUAUUGUACAUAUAUGCAACCUAGUUUUAUUGAUAAUCCACGAUUCAUGAUCACAAUCCCUGGAUCUGCAACGACAAAGCACAAGGUCUCCUGGGAAGAAGUCGAGUCAGUCACAUGCAUUGAUGAGACGUUAAAGUGAUGAAGAGGAGGAGGAGGAGGAGGAGGAGGAGGAGGAGGAGGAGGAGGAGAAGGAGGAGGAGAAGCUCCAUGUGUCCCCCCCUGACAAUCUAGAGCUGGUCCAACCCGAAACGGCUCAAACCCAUAAUCUGUAUCCCAAAGGCAGGUUUUAAGUCGACUCCUAAACGCAGAGAGGGAGAUUCCAGGAGAGAAAAUGAAUGGUCAGAAAUCGUACAUUCAUAAACCUCAUGCGUCUGUUUCCUCCUUCAGACGCAGGAAGUCCGACUUGGCCGCAGUUUUACCUCCCACGUCGUUUUCUUUUGUUCAUUGUGUGUAAAUAUAUCUGCCUGUGUGUAGCUGACAGGAAACGCAUAGUGGAUUUAACUCUGUGGGAGGGAAAAGAUUUUCCUUCAUGUGUGUUUUCAUUCAGGAUUUAAAGCCCUUGUACAGCAGAGGAUCCUGGGAAGUCCACAGUGUUUGAGUUGUGUCAGUUUUUUAACUCGUGUAACAUGAUACGUAAAUAAAAAUCAAAGUUUAAG